CCUGACCGGGCACGAGGAGAAGGUGAGCGUCGAGAACUUCGAGCUGCUCAAGGUGCUGGGCACGGGAGCCUACGGGAAGGUGUUCCUGGUGCGGAAAGCAGUCGGGCACGAUGCAGGGAAGCUGUAUGCUAUGAAGGUGCUGCGUAAGGCAGCCCUGGUGCAGCGCGCCAAGACGCAGGAACACACACGCACCGAGCGCUCCGUGCUGGAGCUGGUGCGCCAGGCACCCUUCCUGGUUACGCUGCACUACGCCUUCCAGACGGACGCCAAGCUGCACCUCAUCCUGGACUAUGUGAGUGGAGGCGAGAUGUUCACCCACCUCUACCAGCGCCAGCACUUCAAAGAGGCCGAGGUGCGCGUGUAUGGGGGCGAGAUCGUGCUGGCCCUGGAGCACCUGCACAAGCUGGGUAUCAUCUACCGAGAUCUGAAGCUGGAGAAUGUGCUGCUUGACUCCGAGGGCCACAUCGUCCUCACAGACUUCGGGCUUAGCAAGGAGUUCCUGACGGAGGAGAAAGAACGAACCUUCUCCUUCUGUGGCACUAUCGAGUACAUGGCCCCCGAAAUUAUCCGCAGCAAGUCGGGGCAUGGCAAGGCGGUGGACUGGUGGAGCCUGGGCAUCCUGCUCUUCGAACUGCUGACUGGGGCCUCGCCCUUCACACUGGAGGGCGAGAGGAACACGCAGGCAGAGGUGUCCCGACGGAUCCUGAAGUGCUCCCCUCCCUUCCCCCCCCGGAUCGGGCCUGUGGCACAGGACCUGCUGCGGCGGCUGCUUUGCAAGGACCCCAAGAAGCGGCUGGGCGCGGGGCCCCAGGGGGCGCAGGAAGUCAGGAACCACCCCUUCUUCCAGGGUCUGGAUUGGGCUGCUCUGGCUGCCAGGAAAAUUCCAGCCCCAUUCCGACCCCAGAUCCGCUCAGAGCUGGAUGUGGGCAACUUUGCAGAAGAAUUUACUCGGCUGGAGCCUGUCUACUCACCCCCUGGCAGCCCCCCGCCUGGGGACCCUCGCAUCUUCCAGGGAUACUCCUUCGUGGCGCCCUCCAUCCUGUUUGACCAUAACAACGCGGUGAUGAUGACGGAUGUGCUGGAAGCAUCUGGCGCUGGAGACCGGCCUGGCCGGGCAGCGGUGGCCAGGAGCGCCAUGAUGCAGGACUCGCCCUUCUUCCAGCAGUACGAGCUGGACCUGCGGGAGCCCGCGCUCGGCCAGGGCAGCUUCUCCGUGUGUCGCCGCUGUCGCCAGCGCCAGAGUGGCCAGGAGUUCGCGGUCAAGAUCCUCAGCCGCAGGCUGGAGGAGAACACGCAGCGAGAAGUGGCCGCCCUACGGCUUUGCCAGUCGCACCCAAACGUGGUGAAGUUGCAUGACGUGCAUCACGACCAGCUGCACACGUACCUGGUUCUGGAGCUGCUGCGGGGCGGGGAGCUGCUGGAGCACAUCCGCAAGAAGCGGCACUUCAGCGAGUCCGAAGCGAGCCAGAUCCUGCGCAGCCUCGUGUCGGCAGUGAGCUUCAUGCACGAGGAGGCGGGCGUGGUGCAUCGGGACCUCAAGCCCGAGAACAUUCUGUACGCCGAUGACACGCCCGGAGCCCCCGUGAAGAUCAUCGACUUUGGGUUCGCGCGGCUGCGCCCGCAGAGCCCCGCGGGGCCCAUGCAGACGCCCUGCUUCACGCUGCAGUAUGCAGCUCCCGAGCUGUUGGCGCAGCAGGGCUACGACGAGUCCUGCGACCUCUGGAGCCUCGGUGUCAUUCUGUACAUGAUGCUGUCGGGGCAGGUCCCCUUCCAGGGGGCCUCAGGCCAGGGUGGGCAGAGCCAGGCGGCAGAGAUCAUGUGCAAGAUCCCCUUCAACCGGGGCAAGCGCGAGGGCUUCUUCCUGAAGAGCGUGGAGAACGCGCCGCUGGCCAAGCGGCGGAAACAGAAGCUGCGGAGCGCCGCCACCUCCCGCCGCGUCUCCCCCGAGCCCGCCGCCCCGGGCAGGGCCCCCGCCGCCAAGGGAGCCCCCAGACGAGCCAACGGCCCCAUGCCGCCCUCCUAGCCCCCUCCACAGCGACCCCUCCUUCCCCCCAUAGGGGCUGUGACCUGGGAGCCUCGGUAUCGGCCCCGCCCCAUCCCCAGGGAUUGCCCUUCCCUCCCCUUCCCCCCCACCCCACUCCCAGACAGAGCAGAAGUAUUUUUAUAAGCAGAGAAUUUUUUAUGUCUUACCAGAUAGAGUUAGAGAUGCAGGGAGGGAGGGGCCUCUGCCAAGACCGUGCCUCAUCUGGCAGAAGGCACUUCUCCCCCAGGGGGCUGCUCCACCCGAAGGGCUCCUCCCCCGUUUCUCCAUUCUCCGCACUGAGUUGCCACGGGGAGAAACUGGGACCUCUCCCCUGCCCUCCCCUGAGGCCCUGCUCUUGGGAGGGAGCGCCCCUCUAGCUGUCACUUUAUGGACUGUCUGUGCAAUUACGUCCACCAAAGACCUGUGCUGGGGGGGGGCGGGUUCAAGGAGAGGCCUCUGAAGCAUUUCUGCCUCACUUUAUGUCACCUGCUUCUCCCCUGUUUGGGGCAAAGGAAGGAAGUAGGCGACCCCUAUAAGGGGAGGCCCCUUCUCCCCCCCUCCCAACCCCCCUUGGCACAGCUGCCUCUGGCUGGGGGCAGGGCCUUGAGGGUCUGGGCUGGGCAUCCACAGUCACUGCCUCAGCCCAUCCAGGCUGUGCCUUUGACUUUAAAAUAAAAGUCCAUCCAGUG